UCAAGACCGAAGCAGGGAGCUUCCAAGAGGCUCAGAAGCGGCGCUCAGAGUGCCAGCCCAUUGGUGACGCUGCUCCUAAGCAGCUAGGUGGGUGCAAACACAUGAAUCGUAGCUGCGGGCGGGAGGAAUAUCAGGUGCAUCUCUACGCCCCGAGGGCUCGACUCCUACACUUAAACCCCUCCCACUGGGACAGCCGGCUCCAGUUUCAGCCGGCGAGCGAGCGUGAGAACAGGUCCUGCUCUCGGGCACCGUCAGCCACGGCUCCUGACCCGACCGCUCCCAGCACUGCCUGGCUCCGCCCCCACCCCAAUGAGCGAGACCUCCCCCGUCAGACCCACAGCACAUGGAGGAGGCUGCAAAUAGAAGCACCUGGAAAGAAAGCCAAGGAGAAGCAGCAGCAGCCGCCAGAUCAUAAUCGCACAGGAGCCGGCAGCGACCGGACCAGCGAGGGGACCAGCACCCACACCACAAGAAGGAACAUGAGUCUUCUCAAAGAGCGAAAACCAAAAAAGCCGCAUUACAUCCCGAGGCCUCCAGGAAAACCCUUCAAGUAUAAGUGUUUCCAGUGCCCUUUCACUUGCAAUGAAAAGUCACACCUUUUCAACCACAUGAAGUAUGGUCUCUGCAAAAACUCCAUCACUUUAGUGUCAGAGCAGGACCGCGUCCCCAAGUGCCCCAAAUCCAACUCUCUGGACCCCAAGCAGACAAAUCAGCCAGACACGGCAGCAAAACCCACCUCUGCCAAGCCUGUUGCCAAUGGGCUCCCACACUUUGACACCAAGCUUCAGCAAAGCCUCGCCAAGGACGAUGCCAAGGAAAACGUGGAACUGCAUACACGUGGGCCCCACAGGUGCCCAGGACAGAAGUCUGCUCUCCACGAGGAAGCAGCACCCCUGAGUCCAGCUCCGGAAGCCACCAGGGGCACCCAGCCCGUUCUGGAAGGCAUCGUGCGGCCUUCAGCCUUUGUCCCAGUGGGAGAGCACAGACUCAAAGGGCCAGAGCACGCUGAGGCUCCUGAACUGCUGGCCCUGCCUGGCCCCACGGCCAAAGCCACCUCCUUCCACACCAAGUCUGCGUUCCAUGCUCCUGGUUAUCCGUGGAAAGCUGGCGCGCCUUUCCUCCCGCCAGAGUUCCCACACAAAAUCCCGUCUACAAAGGGGUUUAGUGCCAUUUCCCCUUACGUGCACCCCGCAAUCCCAGAGUACCAGCCACACUUUUACACAGAGCAUGGACUGGCCACCAUCUACUCACCCUACCUACUUGCUGGGAACUCACCUGAGUGUGAUGCCCCCCUGCUGUCCGUCUACGGGGCCCAAGACCAGAGGCACUUGCUGCCUCCCCCCGGGCCGGUCCCCAAGCACUUGAACCCCCCCUCGGCAUAUGACCAUUACAGGUUCUUCCAGCAGUAUCACUCCAACCUGCCAAUUCCUUAUGGAUUUUACAGACCAGAGUCUGCAUUCUCCUCCUACGGGCUCAGACUCCCACCUGUCACGGGCAUUUCCAGAGAUCACAGCUCUCACCUACUGGAAGAAACCGCCCUGCUCUACCCGGCCCUGAGUCCGUCCAAGUCAAGUCCUUCCAACACCCACAAAAAAAACACAGAGUUUGAGAAGGGGAGCCCAACUCCCGAGGCUAAAGACCCCUCCCAAGAUGGGCAGAGGGACACAGAGGGAACCAAAAUGAGCCCUCGCGCAGGCAGCGCAGCCACAGGCUCCCCGGGAAGGCCAAGUCCCACCAACUUCACGCAGACAAGUCAGCCGUGUGCCGGGCUGUGCGGCCUCUCGGACAAGCCAGCUGCCAGCACCCUGGGAAGGCUCCAUCAGCCUGAACACAGCCUCACAGCCUUCAAGCCUGUCAAGAAAAGCACAGAGCACCCAAAUUCCCAGGCUCUGGAAAACAGAGAAGAGUCCCCAAAAAGCCUUGAUGCCAUGAACGGCGAUGCUCCAGGCGAGACCAGAAGCGCAUCUCACGACCCAGAGGCCACACCUUCCAGCCCAGAAGAUGGCUCCAGGACAGCCCCGCUGAACCUCUCCAAGAAACCAGAGGCCAGACCAGCCACUCACAGCCCCGUGUACAAGGACUUUGCAGAGGUGCAGGACAUGCCUCUCAACCUCUCGGUGAAGGACCCCUGUAACGCCCUGACUCCGAGACCUCCCUUCCACAGCCCACCGCAAGAGGCAGAACCUGCCAGCACCGCUGCUCAAAACACUGACACGGAAACUUCCAAAGAUGGGCCAGAACACACCCAGGCGAACCAAAGCAGCCCUGAUGCUAUGGAGGCGCCACCAACAACGCCCGCUGUGAAGGCCCAGGACGCAAGAGCGCUGGACAGCAGUGAUGAGCAGAAGCAGACAGCGGCCGUGGCCCUCUGCCAGCUGGCGGCCUACAGCCCAGGGAACGUCCGGAUGGGCGAUGGGGAGCCCACGGCCCCGGAGUCCGCCUGCCCACAAGACGCACCCACCCUCAGCGCCACGGAAAACCCGGAGGCUCAGUGUGACCUCAGACCCAGAGGGCAAAAGAGGACAAGCCCCAGGGAUGCAGGGAAGUCCCAGCAAGGAACAAAGAAGACGAAGCCGAGUGACACAGCCAGAGUGUUCACCCUUCGUAAGAGAACACGGGUGUCUUAGUGCCGCUCUCGCCGGAUGCAGACACACCUUGCAAAGUAGGUUACGACAGCAGCAACUCUUGACUGGCACCGCAGCUUUCCCUGGUCAGUUUUUACAAUGCAGCUUCCUGCUUCUCAGGAAGGAAGGGGGAGUGGGGAGGGGGAGACAGAGAGGAAGGAAGGAAGGAAGGAAGGA